UUGACGCAAUUAUCGGUGCGGCGGAAUCGGGAGAAUAGAACAUUGGGGGAUUGCGUGAAAACUCAGAAUAGUUAAAGCGACGCUCCAAUUUGCUGUAAUCGUCGUUCCCCCACUGCCUAUAUUUUAUUCUCUUCGAUUCGCUUUCUGAUUCCUUCUGCAUCGUUUGAAGAUAAUCGAGCAGAAGACCCAGAGAAAACUAUUCUUAUCAUGGAGAAAAUCAGAAGAGCGUCCCACGCCGGUUCUUGGUACACCGACAAUUCUAAGAAACUUGCUGAGGAGCUUGAUGGAUGGCUGAGGGCAUCAGGCUUGUCUAAAUCCUCAGAUGUACGUGGUGUAAUUGCUCCGCAUGCUGGUUAUUCGUAUUCAGGACGUGCUGCUGCAUAUGCAUUUGGUAACAUUGAUCCAACAAAUAUUUCUAGGAUCUUUCUUCUUGGUCCAUCUCAUCAUUAUUAUACACCAAAAUGUGCUCUAUCAACAGCCACUAUUUACCAGACUCCUGUGGGGGACCUUCCUAUUGAUUUGGAAGUCAUUGAGGAGUUAAAAGCUACAGGCAAAUUUGAAUUGAUGGAUAUGCGUGUUGAUGAAGCUGAACAUAGCAUGGAAAUGCACUUGCCAUAUCUUGCCAAAGUGUUUGAGGGGCACUCAGUGAAAGUUGUACCCAUUUUAGUUGGUGCUGUUUCUGCAGAAACUGAGGCCAUGUAUGGACGCCUGCUUGCCAAAUAUGUUGAUGAUCCGAAAAAUUUCUUCUCUGUAUCCUCAGACUUUUGUCACUGGGGGUCUCGGUUCAACUACAUGCAUUACGACAAGAAACAUGGGGCAAUACACAAAUCUAUUGAAGCUUUGGAUCAUAUGGGCAUGGAUAUAAUAGAAACAGGAGAUCCCGAAGCAUUCAAAAAGUAUCUGCAAGAGUAUGACAACACCAUUUGUGGUCGUCACCCUAUUAGUGUAUUUCUUCAUAUGUUGAAGAACUGCUCCACAAAAGUAAAGAUAAAAUUCCUUCGAUAUGAACAAUCCAGUCAAUGCAAGACGAUGAGAGACAGCAGCGUCAGCUACGCAUCGGCUGCAGCCAAGGUGGAUGCCAUUUCAGAUUAAACGGUGUGAGAAAGAUCCAUUAAUUUAAUCAUCUCCAUUGGCUCUUCCUUAAUCUAAUAGCAUGCAUUUUUACUUAAUUAGCGUGUGUUCUUAAAUUAUAUGGAAAGUCUCCUGUUUCAUAUCAGUCAUUCAGAAACCUGCAUUGUUAAUGUGUUCUAAUUUUAUUCUUGGUUGGCUGGAAAAUGUCUCAACUCUCGUUUGCUAAUGUAACUGGAGGAAAGAAAAAAAGGAUGGUCGGUAUCAAAUGAUGUUGGCUUUUCCAAUUUAUUAAAUGUUGAUAUUAACCUUCCGAUAACAGCAGUGAUUUCGUUUUUAAGAA